AUGAUAAAUUUGAAAAAGGUUGCAAAGUUAAAUUUUUAAUCCUUCUCCAAGCGAUGCAUAAACUAUAAGAGGUUGGGAUUCAAAUUAUUUUUUAGGAGAAUUAUUAGUAUAAAAAAUAUAAGGCAUCAAAACAAUUAGUAUAAAGCCCAACAACUGACUCAACCAGUAAAUCAUGACCACCGAGACCCCAUUGACACCGCAUUAUCAAGGGCCAUACACCGGAGAUAAGAGAUGUAUGAUAACCCUAAUGAAGUUUAACGAAAGCGAUAUAAAUAAAUCAGGCAUAUGCAUUGGCUUACAUUAUAAUAGGUAUUAAGUAUUUUAUUAAUAAAAGAAACCUUUUUGGUUGAUUAGAAAGAAGCCAUAAAUUCUUAUACUAAAGGUAUAGAGAUUGAUCUUAAAUGUGAAUUUGCAACAUGAAUAGAAUUCUUCAUUUAUUGGAUCUUUAUGA